CCAUUUUGGCUCAAGCGGCCCCUCGGUUGCCCGCCGCUGGCGCUGUCGAGCCAGCCUCUUCCCAGGAGUGCGGCCAUGGCGCUGGUCGCGGGCCCCAGUGGGAACAACGGCGAGGAUUUUCUCCUGGGCCUGAAGAGCAGCGACGCCAGGGUGGUCUGCAAGACGCUGGCGACCAUCGCCGACCUGGGCGAGGGCGGCGCGGCAUCCCUGGGGUACGCCCCAGAUGUGGCCGCGCUGACGAAGCACGCGGACGAGAUGGUGGCGCUGGCGGCCGCAGAGGCCAUCGGGCAGAUGGGCAUCGCUGGCUUGCAGCACAUGGACUCCCUUGUGAAGCUGAUGGCAAGCAGCAGCUCUAAGAGGAAGACCUUCGCUGUUGGCGCUCUGGGCAUGCUUGGCGAAGCAGCGAGCUCGCACAUCGGCUCCGUCGCGGCGCUGCUGGAGGACCCCAACCCCAACCUGCGCGCCAGCUGCUGCGUGGCGCUAGGCAGCAUGAAGGCAUCUGCCGAGGUGGAGAAGGUGGCGCGGUGUCUGUCGGACAGCCACCCCGCCGUGGUCCGUGGCGCCAUCACUUCCCUGGCUUUGCUGGACAGCGGGGAGCUUGCGAAGCAGGUGGCGGAGAAACUCACGGACACCAGCAAGGACGUGAGAAUCGCGGCGAUCCUGUACUUCAGCAAGUUCGAGGACGCCGUGCCCCAGCACCGCGGCGCCAUCUGCGAUGCCCUCAAGGACAAGGAUGCCAACGUACGCGCCGCUGCUGUGUCCUUGUUCAGCACGCUCAAGGAGAAGGCUGCGCCGCUGGUGCCGAGCGUGGCCAGACUGCUGGCGGAUCCGGAGCCUGGCGCCAGGGCCGCCGCGGCGCUGGCCCUCGGUGCCAUCGGCGCCCCCGCCAAGGAGAGAGCCGCGGACAUCGCAAGCCUGCUGCCGGACGUCUCUGAGGAUCAGGGACAGCGGGCGUACUGCGUGGCGGGGAUAGAGAGCAGACAACCCGCGGUGAUGUUGCUGCCGGCAUGCGCCGCGGCGUCUGCCUUGGCGUCUCUGAAGGCCGAGACUUACGCCGGUGAGAUCAGCAAGCUGCUGGGCAGCGAGAAGCCCGACGUCAAGAUCGCCGCCGCCGCUGCACUUGGUGAACUCGGGACCGGGCCCGUGGACGAGGUGGCGGCGCUGCUUGACGAGCCCAGCGCGCCCGUGAAGGCAGCGGCCGCCGCGGCUUGUGGGAAGCUGACGGCGUCCUCGCCAGAGGCUGACGUGGCCGCCAGGGUGUCCGCGCUGCUUUCGGAAGUGAGCCCGAACGUCCGCGCGGCGGCGCUGGGGGCGCUGAGGCUCAUGGGCGAGGAGGGCGCUGCCUUUACUGACACGUUCAAGAGCAUGUUCACUGACAGGUCCACCCUCGUAAGGGCGGCGGCCAUCAAGGCCUUCGGCGGUGUGGGUCUCAAGGGCCAGUGCUACGCGCCGGACAUCUGUCGCUGCAUAUACGACGAGGACGCGGACAUCCGCGCGGCCGCGCUGGAGACGCUGGCGGAGCUGGGCGAGCGGGGAGCGGCGUUCGCAGACGAGGUGGCGGAACUCGUGCAGGACCCAGACCCGAAGGUCCGCAUCGCCGCCAUGGAGGCGCUGGGCAGGAUGGGGGACCACGCCUCGCCGUUCCUGGGCGCGGUGGAGGCCGCGCGCGACGACCCGUCCGAGCUCCCAGCAGUGCGAGGUGCCGCGGCGAAGGUGCUCACCGCCUCGCUGGAGUGA